CGGCUACUGACAGCUCCCAGCAUCCUCUUCUGGCUCCUGCACCAUGAAAAUCCUGUUCUGUGACCUCCUACUGCUCAGCCUCUUCUCCAGCGUGUCCAGCAGCUGUCAGAAGGACUGUCUGGCCUGCAGAGAGAAGCUCCGUCCGGCUCUUGAUAGCUUCAACCUUGAGGUGUGCAUCCUCGAGUGUGAAGGGAAGGUCUUUGCUGGCCCUCGCUGGACUCCGUGCACCAAGGUCAUGGCCAGGGGCUACUGGCAGCUCAGUCCUGCUGACCCAGACCACGUGGCGGCUGCUCUUGACCAGCCAAGAGCCUCUGAGAUGCAGCAUCUGAAGCGAAUGCCCCGCGUCAGGAGCCUCUUCCAAGCUCAGAAAGGGACAGAGCCCGGCAUGGAGGAGGUGGGGGAGAUGGAGCAGAAGCAGCUGCAGAAGAGGUUCGGGGGCUUCACCGGGGCCCGGAAGUCGGCCCGGAAGUUGGCCAACCAGAAGCGGUUCAGUGAGUUUAUGAGGCAGUACCUGGUCCUGAGUAUGCAGUCCAGCCAGCGCAGGCGCACCCUGCACCAGAAUGGUGUCCGGGUGAUCCCCAAAUCAGCAUGUCUCCAGCCCCAGACCUGCCGGCUGGGAGUCAGGAUUCCUUCCUCCCCAAGGCACUGAGGCAGGCCUUGGCUCCAGGCCUCCACCCCCAGGGCCCAGCCCCCUCUGGUUGUCCUUCCC